GCAGUAAUGAAAAGAAUAUAGAAAGGGCAGAUCCAAUCCGGUCUCAGCUAGUUUCUGUUCCGAUUGAACGCUUAUGUUGGGUUCAGUUUUUCCAAGACACUUCGAAUUUUACGCUAAACCUUUAUCAGGGCUUAAGCUGUUUUAGUUUCCCUUUUCUUUUAAUAGCGUUCAAGCGUAAAGCCAUGCCGAAAAGAAGCCCAGGUAACAAUGGCACUGAAGCAGCUGAGCCCAAGAGAAGGUCAGAGAGACUUCAAGCUAAACCUGAAACGCCAAACUCUGAGCCAAAGAAGGCGACUGUCAAAGGCAAGAAGACCAAAUUUGUAGAAAAGACUAAACCAGAGGAGAAGAAAGAGGAUGCAAAGCGGGAGACAGAGGAGACGAUGCCUGCAGAAAAUGGAGAGGCCAAAGCUGAAGAAGAAACUAACUCCGAUGGAGAGGCAGGAGAUAAGUCAGACGAGGCUUCUAAAUAACAUUGUGUUUGACCAGACCCAUACCUCUUUUCUUGUACUAUACAGAGGAAUAUUUUUGUCUAUUUUACUUUUCUUUUCUUUUUUUUGUAGUCCAAUAUUAAAAGAUAAUUUUAUAGAUGAUGUCUGAGAGAAAAGCUUUAUAAGAGGGAUACCAUCUUGUUCCACUCCAGUUCUCCUGAAAAACUAGUCAUGAAGCAACUUGAUUUCCUCUUAUUUUGUUCUUUCUCUUUGUUUUAAUUGUUUUUUAAGAAGGGAGGGAAUGAGAACACGUGAUUAUGACAUUGUUUUUAAAUAUGACAACAACAAAAAAAAAUCUCAAGUCUUUUGAAUUAAAACUGGGAGUUUGCCUGAGACACUAACAUUCCAUGGGCAAUAUGAGGGACAUACCUGUAUUAUAUGUUAAGGGGGUUCUACAAGAAAAUUCGUAUUGUUUCUAAAGGGUUGGGAUUGAUUGUAAGCUGUGUUCUAUAAAAUUUAAACAAAUCAUGAAUAAGCAGCUUUGACAAAUUAUCCUGCGAACUAAUGGAUUGCUUAUCCGAUGUGUGAAUUACAAUGAGUUUUGUCUGUGUUUGGUGAUAGCAUUGCCAGAACAUGGUUGUGUAGCUGCUGUUUUACAAAAUUUCUAUAUGCAGUAUGUGAUGGUACUUUAAGAGGAUUUAAAAAAAAAAUGAAUGGUGUGUUUGUAAAGCUAAUAACACAACUGUGCUACAGUGUUAAACAUGCAGGUUGCAGAUGAUAUGAAAAUUACUGUAAUUUAAUUAACGUGAACAUGCCAGAAGUAGCAAUAUCACACUAUCUUUAAGUACAAAUGUACAGUUAACUUUUUUUAUUUUUAUGUAUCUGUAAUGAUUGGAUUAAUAUGCCAAUAAAACAGUUGUCAU